AACAUGCAAUGACGAAGCACUUUCUACGGAUAUGCCGGUCGACUGCCUUUCUGCCAUGACGCUGACAAUGCGACGUUCGAUGGUUAUGUUGUCACAGUCGCAGAGUCCCGAUGGCGGCAGUGCUAUUGUCGCAGAAGGAAUAAGUCCUUACUUCUUCAGAUCCAUUUCCUACAGCAUUUCACACUUACGAGUGGUUCAAGCUGACGACACAGACCAAACGUAACAUCAUUGGCAGCUCAGAGACGAGUCCCGCGAUAUUGCACAGACAACAGAGCCAACCACGACGAGAUGUUCGAGACAUCAUUCCAGCACGCGACAUCCACGCCUUUGCCAAAGGACGUGUCCUUGAACACUGGCUUGCAGCUACUCCACGAUUUCGAGACGGUGAUACGCUUGAGCCCUGACUGCAGAGGCUGCAAGCCCAUACCUCCUCCGAAGGACGAGGAGCGCAAGACGAGAGGCAAUGGAAUCGGUGGUACAGCGGAUGGUCAAGAGCAGGAGGAGAUUCUCUACUACGAGGUCGAGGAUGAUCUCCCAUUCAUACCCAGGAGCCUCUGGAGCGGCGGCGUGAAAUAUCAAGCCGACUACGUGCCACGAUUGGAUGGCUGCGACAUUACCGUUCACGCGCCAGGAGGCUUCACAUCUACGAAUCACUGGCGGUUACUGCGAGGGAACGAACCAGCUGGCAGACCUUCCGAGCUCGCACACGAGAAGGAUCUAGCGAAAGCACAGCCGAAGAAUACGCUGCAUGCUGAUCAGACUAGCAGUGGCUGGUAUGUGCAAAUCGUCAGCAACGCGAAGGUCAAUAGAACGUUCGCGACUUUCGUCAAGGGCUUCCUCAAGAGCAGUCAUCAGCAAUUACAAAAUGCUUUCAUUGAUAAGCUGAGAGGGGCAAACGAGCAACAGGACAGUACGCGACCGACACUAGGUAGGCGGAAGAGCAGUCACCUGUAAUUGAAGAGGCUCAGAUCGCUCGAUCUGCGUGGCGUUGACGCUCGCAUACUGGCUACAGAUCAGUGAAUCUGGAAUGAGUGAUGAUAUUGACUGCGUACCGGAACUUCAAGAGAUCCUUACACGUACAGUACACAGUGUCGCCCAGAUCUUCUGUAUCGAUGACAAAGGACAAGGGCGAAAGCUCAUUCGAUCUCAACUCCGACA